GUCUUUCUUUCUGUCUCAGACUAGACGUCCAUGCUAUAAGGCUCGUCUCGCGCAGUGGCAGCUCUUUUCCCUGGCCGCCAUGGCGGAGGUUUUAAAUUAUACGUUCUGCUAUACGCCAGAAUCCUUUGACUAUGCCAUGUCCAUCUUGUCUCGCUCAUCGUUCCUUAUACUGGAUUGUGAAGGAAACAAUCUCGGCAGAGCAAAAGGCUCUAUAUCACUCAUUUGUGUGGGGACACCUCUCGCUGAACAGAUCUUCCUCAUCGACACUCUCAGUCCUAGCUUGUCUCCCGGACAUCUCGAAAACCUUUGGCAGCUCUUCCGCGACCCCAGGAUAAUUAAGGUCGUUUGGGAUGGUAGGAUGGAUUUUCUUGAAAUUUGGAGCACCUUUGGGGUGCCGUUACAGGGUGUUCUGGAUCUCCAGGUUGUAGAGGUUGUCUCCCGGUUCACUAUGAGAGGCGAGGGAGAGAUGGAACGACUUGAACGUCUCACACGAUCAGGUUUCUCCCGUAUUGCAGUCUUCAACUAUAGGUUGCAGUACACAGGACUCAAUGCACUUAUUGGAUUGCAAAGAUGCUGUGAAGAGAGUGGUUUCGGUGAGAAGUUCUGCAAGGAUCCCGAGGUCAAGCAAAUGCAUAAAGACAACAAAAGUGAUGUCUGGAUGCAGAGACCCUUGACUGAACAACUCCUGCAAUACGCUGCAAAGGAUAUUCAGCUCAUUUCCAUGAUUUGUACGGACUUCAUUCAGAAAGGCUGGAUUCCGAGCGAUCCACACGCAUACUAUCACUUACUCGCACAAUGCGCACGAUACGUCUCUGCACAUAGGGAACAAGGCAAAUCAGGCGAGACAGAUGCUUUUCGUCCCACAGCCAUCAUGCCUCUGGACGUCCUCACCGAGCCUUGGGGUAUGCAACAUCAAUGUGUUGCCUGCCGCCGUUCGCUGUCCGUCUCCUGCUACCAGGUCCUCGAAGAUGGGUUAUAUCGAUGGAGAAGGCCGAGGUGCAGUUUAUGUCAUGUUCUCGCUAUGAAGCAUAGGAUCGAAGCAGAUGCGAGGUGGCUUCUCUUACCACCCGAGCCCAUCUCCCCAUCUUCACCGGGGUCCCCACCUAUAACGUUCGGCUACUGAUUUUAUCCAUGGACAACCUAUCGUGAAAUUGUCCCAUUCUUGUUGUACUCAGACAUGCUUCGUACACCCCUUCAACUUUCCUCCCGUUGUUUUAUUACGGACUAUUGACAUUUGUAGUGUCGACCACCACUGUGACUAUUAUAUCUAAACCCACGACUCACUCGUUCAUCUACUGUACUAUUAAUGUUACGUUCAGUGCUCCAAUAUUAUUGAAGACGAGAUACAAAGUCAUUGAUAUAUC